CACGUGCAGUUCAACUAGUCACUGUCUCAGCACACCGUUCAUCAUGGCUGUUGCUAAAAUUUUGAUCUUAUUAAGUGCGAUAUUCUUACACGGUGCAAUCUGCAAGGAAAAUUCCAUCUUCCAAUUAAGGAACGUUAGUUUCGGUAAUCCUUCACGAUAUCACGCGUUAGGACUCUUCAACAAUGACCAUCCUACUAGGAAAAGAGUUGCCGUUCGAAAGUGCUCAUCGUUUAAUUAUCUUUAUCCUUUGAAAAUAUUUUCCACCGAGCAACCGUUUUUCUGUCCAGCCGUAUUCGUUAGCGCUGAUUCCUUGCUCACAUCGGCACUAUGUCUGAAAAUGCUUCAGCAAAGAGACGAGCAUCCUUCGAAUCACAUGUUUGUCAUCCUUGACCAAGAAGAUGUUUUCUUUUAUGAAAACGGUCGGCGGUACGUAAGCAAAGUGUUUGUUCACCCAAAGUUCGAAGAGGAACCAGCCUAUUACAAUGUAGCCGUCGUUAAGUUACGACAUGCAGUCAGAUAUGAUCGCGACGCUUCUGGUCGCAGUCACCUAUCCUGUCUGUGGUCCGAAAGUCGGCUGAAGAAUUCAAACGCUGUCCUCGGUGAGUGGUUCGAGCUCCAACCGGAGCAGAAUCCCACUUUCCGAUGGCUUGAUCUGCCAUUCGUGGCCCAGGAAGAAUGUCGCACCGAACUGUCGAAAGCUGAGAACCCUGUGGCAGAAUUGAAUCAGGGCUUAAAAGACUACCAAAUAUGUGUGCGAGAUAACCGAAAUAACACGGUGAUUCAGUUCUGCGAAGCAAGAUCUUCGGGACCGCUCUUUAUGACGCUGGGGAGCACCGUUUAUCUAGUAGGACUUCCAACGGUCCAUAUCGACGACUGUGGUGUAGAGGUAGAGGUCUUCAACCAGAUUCAUUAUUUCCUCGACUGGAUCGAAUCGGUCGUUUGGCCCGGUCAAGAAUAAGAUGCAGCAUAAACGAUGAUUGAGCGAGCUUUCCCCUCAUUAGCGAAAGAAAUGAAGCAAGGGAUGGUAGCGAAUUUUUUCUAAGAGAACAAUGACGAUCCAAACGGAUCACCCUAAUCAUCGUAAAAUAUUCGUAGAAUCAGAUCAAUUUAUGUCAAGCACGUCAUUGUGCCAAUGAAAAAUGGUAACACAAAAAGGAAGCGCUAAAGAAAAUUGAGUCAUUUUUUGACAGCAGAUCCAUUUUUUGCAUGUA